UGUUAGGGUGUCGUUACUUCUUUUUAUACUACCACUCUCCUUCUCUUCUCUCUCUCCCCUCUUACACACACUUGUGUGUGUUAAUUGCCUCAAAAAGGCUUCGGGUUUCUGAAUUCUCAUCCGAAUUUCGAUUUUUUAUAUCGACAGAAAUUUGUCACUGUGUGUUGAUGAUUCCAGUUGUUCUUUGCAUUUUCCGAUGGCGAUUGUUCUUCUACUCUGAUGGUAUUUAGGUGCUGACUGACUUCUGGCUGCACCGCUAGAAGCACCAUGAAAUUUGUAACAAAGAAAGGACUGAAAUCUAUAGUGCCACUCCGUUUGAAAGGAAAAUCAACGGCUCGUUUUUGUUUUUUCCCGAGAAUAAAAGCCGAGUAUGGACCAGGAAACACACCAGUUUUUCUCAAUGUGUAUGACUUGACUCCUAUGAAUGGCUAUGCUUACUGGGCUGGCUUCGGCAUCUUUCACUCCGGCAUGGAAGUUCAUGGUGUAGAAUAUGCAUUUGGAGCUCAUGACUACCCAACUAGUGGUGUCUUUGAGGUCGAACCUCGGCAAUGCCCAGGCUUCAAGUUUAGGAGGUCGAUAUUAAUUGGGACGACAUGUCUGGACCCUGCUCAGGUCAGAGAGUUCAUGGAGCAUCAUGCUGCAAACUACAAUGGUGACACAUAUCAUCUAAUCGUCAAAAACUGCAACCAUUUCUGCAACGACAUCUGCUACAAGUUAACUGGCAAGCAAAUCCCCAAAUGGGUUAAUAGAUUGGCCAAACUGGGUUCAGCUUUUAGCUGUGUAUUGCCGGAAGCCCUUAAAGUGUCUGGGGUGCAACAUGAUCCCGGUUGCAUAGCAUAUGAGAGUGGGAACGGGAGUGAAAAUGAGAAGCGAAGGCUAAGAAGCAGUAGUUUUAAUUGCCUAGCAUCAGUUUCAUCAAGGCAGAGACAUUUGUCAACAUCUUCAUUGAUAUUGCAGUCACCUCUGAAGGGGUGCUUACCGCCAUGGGAGUUGAGACGAUCAUGCGCUCAAUGACUACUGGUUAGAGUCGAUAUUUACUUAAUCUCUUAGCGGUGGUUUGAUGGUUAGUUGUGUAUGUUGUAAUCAAAACUACCAGAAGGUGUCUGUCUAGUAAGUGGAGAAGUUUAGUGUGUCUAGUAACAUGCACCAGUAGAGAAGCUGCUUAUAUCACUCGCAUUCUCUUAAUCUGUUCGGUUUCUCUUGCAUCAGAAAACACCUCGAGGUUACCU